AGCGACAUGCUCAAGGGUUCAUAAAUUGAAGGCCUUCGAGUCGUAUUUGGAGUUGUUACAGUAAAGAGACUGAAUUCUCAGAACCUUUAUAAUGAACUCUCGGAAGAAGGCCAGUUAUAGCCAGAAAACAUGGUCAUUGGCAUUUAGCAAGCAACCUCCCCGCAUCUUAAUAGUGGAUGUGACUCUACCAUUCUGGAGGCAUAUCUGUUCUAAUGUGUGUGAGGCUCUGGCCAAUUUUUUCUCUCUGGCUUGCAGUUUGGCUGGUCCAUGCAGACUUCCUCUCCUUAGCAUGUAUAUGGUGCAUAAUCAGCAUGAAUGCCUUCUUCCCUUUCUGCAAGUGAAGGGAAACUUUCCUAGGUUGCAUUCUUGUGUUACUGAGCUGAGGUUGAUGCCCAAGGAAGGAUGUAUACGACAGACACCAGAAGUUUUUAAGCAUGCUAUAGAAGACAGUGUGUUACAGUACAAGCAAUAUAUGUGUCAUGUGAGUGCUGGAGGUUCUAUCAACAGCUGCUCAGUUGAGAUAACAUUGUUGACCAGUCAGCCUGGCAAGCAAAUUGUGAAGCAGUUGAAAGAAGGACUCCAGGAUACUGACCUUGUUAGUCUCCGAAAACUUCAGGUAGUCCAUUUGUCCAAUACCUCUACUCAUCCGCUAAUGGAUAUGAACUGGAGUCCUCCGAUUUUGUCUGGAGAAGUUGAAGACACUGAUGUAAGCAGUAUCCUAGGGAGUGAAAUUGAAUUACAGACUCUGGAGAAUGAUGAACAAACUUUGGAGAGUUUCUUCAAAGCAUGGCUACAUGACAACAAUUCUGACAGGGAGCACCUUCAUCUGCUAUUACCACCAGCACUCCAAGAUGGAAGACAUAGUUCAACAUGUCUGAAAUGUGACAUUCAAGAGCGACUUUUGAGCCCAAGUCUGCUACAAGAAGCCACAGACUUUACUCUAAGAACCGAGCGAAUAGGAAAUAUCUAUCAGUCUAAUAAAGGAUAUUUGUUAAGGCAGUCUGUUACACAGCUCAGAAUCAUCAAAGCAGUGAAAUUAGAAGGGGUGUGUGAGUCUGUGUUUUUUGGACUUCCUGUUGUCAUCAGACCCACAAACUGCUGGCAGCUGGACUGGGAAGAGCUGGAGUUAAACCAGCAAAACUUUCAUGCGCUCGCCUACAUUAUGAAGAUGCAAGACUGGCUCCUUUUAGCUCGUUGUGAUACUCAGGGCAUGGUGCAAAGCUGGAAUGGGCCAGUUUAUACUUACUAUAUUCUGCAACCUUCCACCUCUCUUACUUUACUGAUGAAGCCUAUUGCUGUUCGGGAGUUAAUUCUUCCAUGCCAUCUGCCUGUUGUUGAUCAGGAUCCACCAGAGCAUAUCCUAAGCAAAAUACAGAGUUCACUAGACACAUUGGAAGUGGACCUUGCAUAUAACCCACUGUCUGUGAAGAGCAACUUGUAUAAGCACCUACAAAAUAUAUUGAUUAGAACACCACACAAGCAGCAGCCACGGAUCAGAGACUCCCGAAUUGCACAGCAGGCCUCUGCUCGUCAGCCCAACCGUCAGAAUCAGAACAGAGUCAAAGCCACUGUAGCUCCACUUCAGUCAGCUGGCAAGAGCUUCAGGCCAGUGGUGAAUGUGAACAGUUCUUAUAACCUCAUUGCUUCUUCAGAUGAUGAUGACCUUUUUAAUGGACUGUAGUCCAGCUGAGAGAUUUGACAAUGUGCAAGAUCAAAUUGUAUCCAUCACUCGUAGCCAGAGGUAUUAUCAGAUAUGCAGUUUCGGUAUAAGAUACGCACACAUAUACUAUUUACAAACUUAGUACAGACAGUGUU